AUGAGGUGCUUGCGGGCCCAGGUCCUCACCAAGGACUUCGCGCGCGCUCAUCUUGGAAGCGUGGCGCACAAGAGCCGCAGCGACGUGCCGGUCAUCUUCUUCGGCACGUCUGAGAUCGCCUGGGUCGGCCCGCGGGACGUCGUGCGCUGGGGCGAGGGCAUGCAGCAGCAGCUGCACCAAAAGGGCAAGAAGAACAAGAAGUUCGUGGUCGCGCUGGAGCAGGUCCGCGACUUUCUGACGCUCGCCUGCCCCCGCGCCGCGCCCGCCGGCUGGUGGGCCGCGCCCCCGGCGCCCGGCGCGCCGCCCGUCGUCGAGAGCGCGUCCGAUGAAGAGGACGAGGACGACUUUGAGCGCCAGCAGCUGCAGCUGCGCCUCGCCGCCCACGCGCAGGCGGCCGGCCAGCGGCAGCACCGCGCCUCAGCGGCCAACGGCGGCGGCGCGGGGGGGCGCUCCCACCGCGUGUCUGAGGAGGGUGGCGGCGGCGGCGGCGGCGGCGGGUACUACGGCGCCGGCGCUGCAGAGCCGGCCGAGGACGCAGAGGAUGAUUACAGCGACUCUGACAGCGAAGCUGAGCGCGCGCGGCGGCGGCGGGGCGGCGACGGCGGCGGCUUUGUGGGCGGCGGGGGGGCCGCCGCGCCGGUCCGUCGGGGUUUGGCGCACCAGCAGCACCACGGGGUUGCCGGCUAUGGCGGGUACGGCCACCAACAGCAGCAGCAGCAGCAGCAGCAGCAGCAGCAGCAGCAGCAGCAGCAGCAGCAGCAGCAGCAUCACCAGCAGCAGCGCGCGAGCCGCCGCAGCGGCUCUGGCGCGGGGUGGGGCGGCGCCGGCGGCGGCAGCGGCAACGGGCGGCGCAGGCGGGGCGGGGCCGGCGGCGGCGGCGGGUACGCUGACGAGGACGAGCAUGUCGGGGAGCCUCUCAGCGAGGAAGACGGGGAGUCGCUGCGCAUCGCGGCCGCUGCGAUCGCGGAGAUGGCCGGCGGGCCCUGCGCCGACGAGGCGCCCGCGGCGGCGGCGGCGGCCGCGACGGCGCCGUGGGGGUGGGAUGCGGCGGGUCUGCUCGGGCAUGGAGGCUGCGGGGCCGUGCCGGGGAGGGCUGCGGGCAGCUGGCUGGACAGGUAUGGGUCGGACGCUGUCGACGGCCCCUCCCGCGGCCUGCGCAACAACGCGGCCGCGCGUGCGGCCGUGCUGCAGCAGCAGGCGGCGCUGCGCGCGCAGGAGGACGAGCUCCGGCAGUAUGCGGCAGCGCAGGCGGCGGAGGCGGCGGCGGACGACGGGUGGGGGCAUGCGUUCGAUAUGGACCUGGAUUGGGAGGAGGAGGGGGAGGGGGAUCAGGAGGAAGCCGAGGAGGCGGUCAUCGGAGAUCUCUAUGACGAGGAAGAUGAUCUCGUCGCGACGGCGGCGGCCGCUGCGGCCGCCUGCUGGCGCGGCGCGCCGCCGCCGCCGCCGCCGCC